AUGUCGUUAUUUGUUUUAGGAGGUACCGGUUUGGUUGGCUCAGAGUUCCUAUCCAAGGCGUUGGAAUGUUCGUCGACGAAGAAGGUCUUUGCUCUUCUUAGAAGAGACCCCGAAAUCGAAAAUGAUAAACUGGUAAAGAUUAUAUCCAAGGAGACUGAUCAAUGGGGUGAAGUCAUUAAAUCCACUGAUAUAGCAGAAAACUCCACCUUUUUCUCUGCAUUUGGAACUACGAGGAAGGCUGCAGGAUCAGCAGAAAAUUUUGUUAAGAUUGAUCAUGACAUUAAUUAUGAGGCGUUUAAGGCUGCUAAGGAAUCUGGCAAGUUUGACACUGCAAUAAUCGUCUCUUCCAUGGGUGCAGAUAAGGAUUCGAGGUUUCUCUACAUGAAAACCAAAGGCCAAUUAGAUCAGGACAUUAUCGAUCUAAAGUUCAAGAAAACCAUUAUUUUGCGUCCUGGUAUCCUCUUGGGUGAACGUAAAGUGUCUAAAGGAUUGAAUAAUACACUCGCAGAAUAUGUGGGAAGAUGGACAAGGGGGACUUUCAUUGGCAAUGCAAUUGGACAUCCGAUUUAUGCAGAGGAAGUUGCUAAAUGUGCACUAAAGCUAGCGUUGGAGCCAGCAAAUGAAGAAGGUGAAGUACGUAUCCUCCAAAGUGCAGAAAUCAUCAAACUGGCAAAUUGA